CCCGGUUUACGGGGAUCGGGCCUUCCCUGGGUCAGCUGAGUGCCGGCGUAGGAGCCCGGGGACCAGGAGGGACUCGCCGAGUGCCGCUGCAGAAGUGCGGCCGGACACCACGAGAGGCCAUGGCUUCCAUGCGGGACGACUACCAAGACUCCAUCUCCAACAUGGCCUCUUCGCAGCAGAUCCGCAGCAGCCUGGGCAUCCCACACACCGGUUAUGUGAAUGCUCGGCUGGAAAAAGAGACACAUAUUUUUAACAAACAGAGGAUUGACUUCACCCCUCCUGAGAAGAUUAACAGCCUGGUGGUCUCCUCUAACCAGCUGUGUAUGAGUCUUGGGAAAGACAUCAUUUUUAGGCUUGACCUGGCCAAAGCAGAUGAGCCUAACCAAGUGGAGCUUGGACGAAAAGAUGACGCCAAAGUUUACAAGCUGUUUCUGGACCACACAGGUUCUCACCUUGUCAUUGCCCUGAACACCAGUGAAUGCCUCUAUCUGAACCGAAACGCUCAGAAGGUGCGACCCCUGUCUCGCUGGAAAGGUCAUUUGGUUGAGAGUGUGGGCUGGAACAAGUUCUCGGGCUCGGAGACCAACACAGGCCCAAUUUUGGUGGGGACAUCCCAAGGCCACAUAUAUGAGGCUGAGAUUUCUAUCAGCGAGGGCGGCCUCUUUGGCACUACCCCUGACCAGUACUUCCGCUUCAUUUAUAACUUGGAGGAGGAGGCGGGGCCAGCCCCAGUGUGCUGUCUAGAGAUAGAACGAGGAGUUGAUGGGAAAUGUUUUAUCAUUGCCACCACUCGUAAGAGACUGUUCCAGUUUGUCGGUAAGGUUCCAGAAGGGGCUGAUCAACAAGGCUUUGGACCUAUAUUCAGCAUGCCUUUGAAUCAUCUGCCUGGGUUCCGUGAGUUUCCAGCCAGCUUUGGCUACAGUGAGAUAGCAUUCUACACGCCAAAGCUUCGCUCUUCUCCAAAUGCAUUUGCUUGGAUGAUGGGAAAUGGUGUCCUGUAUGGAUCACUGGACUAUGGACGUCCCGACUCUAUUCUGAGUGAUGAGCAAGUCUGGGAAUAUCCUUGUGAUGUAGACAUUUCCGUCAACAAGCCCAUCUCCAUAGUGCUCACGCAGUUCCAUUUCCUGCUGCUGUUUCCUGACCAGGUGAAGGCUGUCUGCACUCUGAACGGGCAAGUUGUCUUCCAGGAUGUGUUCCUGGACAAGUUUGGCUCAUUAACACGAAUGAUCAAAGAUCCCUCGUAUGGACAAAUCUGGAUUCACACAGAAAAGGUGGUGUUUCGGUACAAUGUGCAGCGAGAGUCCCGAGAUGUGUGGAAGAUGUACAUGAACAUCAACAAGUUCGAUUUGGCCAAAGAGUAUUGCAAGGACCGUCCCGAAUGUCUGGAUAUUGUCCUGGCAAAGGAGGCAGAACACUGCUUCCAGAACAAGAGGUACCUUGACAGUGCUAAGUGUUACGCUUUGACCCAAAAUUAUUUUGAGGAGAUUGCCCUUAAAUUUAUCGAAGCCAAACAGGAGGAAGCGUUGAUGGAGUUCCUCCUUAAGAAGCUGGCUGGCUUGAAGCCUUCUGAAAAGACUCAGACCACUCUGCUGACCAUCUGGCUAACAGAACUCUAUUUGAAUCGCCUGGGAAUGCUGGAAGGGGAUCCAUCGAAACAAGGCCUCCACGUGAAGGCUCGGGACAAUUUCCGCAGCUUUUUGGGUAGCCCCAGAAAUAAAGACUGCCUGUUCAACAACCGGGCAACCAUUCAUGAGCUGCUAGCCAGCCACGGGGACACAGAAAACAUGGUGCACUUUGCUGUCCUCAUGCAUGACUACGAGCGGGUGAUCGCCCAUCACUGCCAGCAUGACAACUACAGUGCAGCGCUAAAAGUCUUGUCCAAAAUCAAGGACGAGGCCCUUUUUUACAAGUUCUCUCCUAUCUUGAUCCAGCACAUCCCCAAGAUGGUGGUUGAGGCCUGGAUUGAAAUGGGCAAGCAGUUGGAUGCGAGGAACCUCAUCCCGGCCCUUGUCAACUACAGUCAAUGCGGCAGCACUGUGCAGAUCAGUGAAGCCAUUCGCUACCUGGAGUUCUGUGUGUACGAGCUGAAGGAAACUCAUCAAGCCAUUCAUAACUACCUGCUGUCACUCUAUGCUGUCUGUGACCCGAAAUCCCUGUUGGUCUAUCUGGAAAAUGCAGGAUCCAACUCAGACAAGAUCCACUGUGACCUGAAGUAUGCGCUCCGGCUGUGUGCAGAACAUGGCCACCACCAAGCUUGUGUCCAUGUGUACAAAGUUAUGGAGAUGUAUGAGGAGGCUGUGGAUCUAGCCUUGCAGGUGGACGUAGAUAUGGCAAAGUCCUGUGCGGAUCUCCCGGAAGAAGAUGAGGAGCUGCGGAAGAAGCUGUGGCUGAAAAUUGCUCGGCACGUGGUCCAGGAGGAGAAGGACGUCAAGAAGGCCAUGGCCUGCCUUUCCAGCUGCAACCUGUUGAAGAUAGAAGAUGUCCUGCCGUUCUUCCCAGACUUUGUCACUAUUGACCACUUCAAGGAAGCCAUUUGCAACUCUCUCGAAGCCUACAACAAGCACAUAGAAGAGCUGAAGACAGAGAUGGAGGAGGCAACGCAGAGUGCCAAGAGGAUUCGGGAAGACAUUCAGGAGAUGAGAAAUAAAUAUGGGUCUGUGGAGUCUCAGGAAAAAUGUGCAGCUUGUGACUUUCCACUUUUAAACCGCCCCUUUUAUCUUUUUCUCUGUGGCCACAUGUUCCACUAUGAUUGUCUUCUCCAGGAGGUUUAUCCAAAUUUGCCUGCCUAUAAGCAGGCUAAACUGGAGGAUCUUCAGAAGAAGCUUUCAGCCACAGGCCAACCUUCUAAGUCCCACCAUCGCCCUAAGGACACGGAUGUGUCUGGCCAAGAAAAGGGCCAGCCCAGUCGGGAGCAGAUGAAAGCUGACAUUGAUGACAUUGUGGCAGCUGAAUGCGUGUACUGUGGAGAGCUAAUGAUCCGAUCAAUUGAUAAGCCUUUCAUUGAUCCACAGAGAUAUGAAUCGGAGAUGCAGAGUUGGCUGUAGGGUGAAUGUGUCCCCUGCUUUUGAGCAUGAAGCUCUGCCUGUAAAGCAUGGCUAUUGGUGGCUGAACUCCAGGCAUCUCAGAGCAAUUGACUUCUCUAGAGGUUUGAAAAAGUAUUACAUGAUUUCUCAAUAUCUGUAAAGCAUUACGUUUGCUCUGCAGAGCGGGGAGUCAGUGAUGGUCCUGGUUCCUAAAUUACGUUGGUUUCCAGCAAAUAUACUGCAGCUCUGAAAGACACUUUACUUGCUUUGUAUGUGGGAUUUGUUUAGAGAGCUCCCCAAUGCAAAUGUUGAAUGGGAUUUUACUUAACUGAGAGAGAAAUGGAAACUGGCUUGUGAACCAUUUCCCAUAUUUCUGUAAAUAAUUUGGCAAUGGUGGGGAGGCCUAGUUGCGUAACCCGUUAUUGAUUUCAAAUGUGAAACUUCUUUUGUUAUCCUUUUGUAAUGAGAUGGAGUCCAUUUUCUGUUUCUGAGACAUUACAUGGGGAAAUUGUGCACCAGAUCCUGUUCCUGAAGGCACAUCUUUUUGCAUUAAUGUGGCAUGAAAUGUUGUUCUCCAGCAGAGCAAUUCCAUGUAAAUGCUACAUUUUUAUGCUGGUCUUUUGGGAUUGUAUUGUCCUUUAUUCCAAGUUUCUGGGAGAGUUAUUUUGAGCAGCUGCGUAUUACUGAAUUUCCCAUAGGAUUUCUUCAUUUUGUUCAGAGUAAAUAGAAUAAAUUA